AUGGCUAAUCUGACCCAACUGGACUCUAGCGAGGCUGAUGUUCUGGCUUCCCAAGCCGUGUGCAUCGAUCUGGAGUUCUAUCCUCAAUCUAGGAAGGUGAUCCAGGUUGGUAUUGUAGACACAAAAGGCGAAAGGAUCCUCGACUGUUUUACCAAAUACAGCGAGAAAGGAAAAGCCAAUCUACAUUCCACAUCAUGUUGGCAGGCACCAAAGUCUUCGGCACAUGAUAAGAUACGAGAGGAGCAGAUCCGAAGGUUUUACAGCAAGGACGGAACACUGAGUGCUGAAGAGAUUGCUGAUAGGCUCCAAAAAACUGGCAUCUCAAGGGAAACGAUCUUCCUUGCUUGGGCAACACGGCCAUUUGGCCUUUAUUAUCUGAGAGAUUGGCUAGAUGCAGAGGGGUUUCAGAACAUUCUCCCGCCGGAUGAGAAGGUAUGCCUAAUUCUCAUGGAAUUUCGCCAAAAUCUGAGGGAAUUUCUUGGGUCAAGCUGCUUCCGAGGAGGUGUUUUCCCCGCUACCCUGCCGGUAAUAUUCAUGGUGGCCUUCGGAGAAGACCAUCCCUUGGCAGGGAAAAACCAUCAUGCCUUGGUUGAUGCUAAACAAUUGGCCCUCUUGACGCAGCUUUUCAUCGACCUCUGCAAGCCCCCCUAA